AUGUGGCCAUUUGCGACAUCAAAAUACCCAUCGAUCGUGCUCUACUUCUACGAUGCCUGGCUCAUGAACGUCGCUAACCCAUAUUUCUGGCGUUGCUCGACAAAGGAUGUGCUAGUACCUCUUCACCAACGCAACAUUGGGGUUCAUCACUGUGAUAUAGGAUGUGGCACCGGAUACUAUCUUGUCCAUCAAAAGUACCCUAGCCCUAACACAACGAUCACGCUCCUCGACCUCGAGAGCACCCCUCUAUCAAUAACGCGUUCACGUCUUUACAAAUCGCACCCUACAGUGACAGUUCAUCCCCACCAACAUGACAUACUAUCUGUUGAACAUAUCCCUCCACCUCCAACCUCGUCUGAGUGCACGACAUAUGAUUCAAUAUCCUUAACUUACCUCAUUCACACCCUUUCAGUCCGCCCAGAAGACAAGGUAAAGGUUUUCUCAAAGGCCAAGGCCGCGAUCAACCCCUCUGGCGUGGUCUUCGGCGCGACCGUCCUUGGGCACGGUCCGUGGCAUAGCUGGGCGGGUCGCCUCCUGCUCCGUUUUUUGAAUUGGGAGGAGCGACUAAGUAAUUUCGAUGAUAACGUGGAGGUCUUGAUGAAGGGGCUUCGGGACAAUUUCAAGGAUGUGAAGGCGGAUGUUGUUGGCUCAAUUUUGGUUUUUGAGGCUAAACAGCCGAUAUAG